AUGAUGGACGAAGGCAUUGCUAUUUGUCAAGUGAAAGAUAAUUGGGGCAAAAUUCUCGAUGAAAAACAUUUUUUUAUGACAUGUGAUCCAACUGAGCUCAUCGAUUAUCAAUUCGAAGGUUACGAUCAAGCACUGAUUGACACAAAUCUGAAUAAUGUCGAAAGGCAUUGUGGACCUGAUGAAAAUAUCGAGUAUCGAAAAGAGGAUAUCAUCGAUUUCUAUAUAGAUUUUGUUCAACAUUAUGAACACGUACGAUUACAUUCGAAUCACAUUCAACUUCAAAACAUUAAACAUGAGAAUGAAGGCUAUUAUGAAUGUAUCGUUCGGUUAACCAAUGGUCUAGUUGGCGUUCGAGUUUUCUUUCUCAGCGGUAAGAUUAUCAACUUAACGGAGCUAUCAAAUCGAAUAAACGAUCUACUAGUUGGCGGACAUCCUCGUCAAAUAUCCAAUCGAGAACGGCAAAUCUAUACAGAAGUGAAUGAUUCGAUUACGUUGCUAUGUCCAAUAUUUUCAGCAGUACCUGCUUGGUUUACAUUUCUCACUCCCAAAGACAUUCAUCGCGAUAUGUCACCACUAACUGGACAGGAUUAUCUACGAAUAAAACAAGUUAGCAACGCUCAUGAUGGAACGUACAUUUGUCGAGCAACAACUACUGAUGGCGAUCACGGCUUUUCGUUAACGUCGGAUAUCUAUCUAAACGUUUACGGUAAACUUCAUGAACUUUCUAGGCUAACGUUCAUUGCCGAAAUAGGUCCACCGGAAUAUACAGCGUCUCAUAAAUACGAACAUGUCUCGAUUAAAAUUGACAGAAGUGUUGAAAAUACACUAUACUGUAUGAUGAAAGCGAAUCCUCUACCAAGUUAUCAAUGGUAUAACGGAGAUAUUCAAACGGUUACAGACGAAGAAAUCAUCUCUAACACAAGUGAUUAUGUAAUCACUCCGGGCAAAGAGAACGCACCUGGAUCCUACCAGACAACGUGUUGGGAAGUAUUAUCACUCGUUCGUUCGUUCGUUAUCUUCAAAAUAAGAACCGACAUGGGACAUGGAAGAAUGAAUUAUACAUUGAAAAGUGUUCGUUUCGUUCUCAUAUGUAUGAACGCGAGUAUUUUCCUAUGGGGUACAACAUUGCUUGGCGAAGGAAUCGAUUUACUUGUUACUCGUCGUUUUCAUACUUUCGCAGAGUUUAUUUCAAACAUUGAAAAUGAAGAUUUGAUGAAAACUACAAUCUCUUCCGAUCAGAGUUUAUACUUAUUCACAAUCCUUCCCGGUGUCAUCUUAACAUCUAUUGGCUUUUUCGGUUGCUCUGGUGCAAUAACACAAAUUCAAUGUCUUUUAUUUUCUUACUCGUGCUCAAUUAGCAUUGUUCUCCUAUUUCAAACGAUAGUUCUCAUCUCCUUCGUUAAUUUCCGAAUUCAAUUAAAAGAUCAGUUAGAGUCAAGAAUAAAAUUCUUUCUUCGCAAUGAAUACCAAGGACCAUUAGCGAAAAACCUUUCACUAUCAACGUUCCUGUUGGAUUAUACGAUGUAUCGAUUGAAAUGCUGUGGCAUCGAAGGUGCCAAUGAUUUUGAGAUUAAUUCGAAAUGGAAUCGGACGAAUCCUUGGUGGAAUCGAUCAAUGACAAUUGACCAACAAACUUUUAAAUAUCCAUUAACAUGUUGUCCAAUGGAUGAACUAUCAAAGAACAAAAAGAACUCUUUGUCACGAAUACUUUCAUGUGCCGUUGAUGGAACUAAUGUCUAUGAAACAAACUGCUAUGAGAAAUCAAUGCAAAUGUUUCACUCGAACGAAUCAAUCAUCUUAACUUUGAUACUUUCGAUAAUCACAAUUGAAAUGAUUGCUCUAAUAUUUGUGUUGAUUAUUUACAAUCGCAAUCGUAUGAAAGAAAAUUAUCAUAUACUUGAACAAUUGCCACCACCGUAUACGCCGAGAAAAAUGAUCGCAAGCUUUGUCAUUUUCAAUCUGUUUAUCAUUGCUUUAUGGUGUCAAAAUAUCGAACGUGUUGUGGUACCGCAAGGUCAACCAUUUUCAUUCGAUUGUCAAGCGGAUGAGUCAGUUUAUUUUGCUCGAAAAAUAAACGAAUGGUCGGAAAUUCGAGAAAUCGACGAUCAAGAUCUGAGUUUAAGACUGCAGUAUUUAACACAAGAUAAUCUUCUACGUGUUUCAUGUGACUCCGCUCAAUCCAAACAUGCGGGUUUUUAUGCUUGUCGAAAAGGCAAAUGGACGAGUACACCAAUGAAUAGCAUUUAUCAAUUGAUUAUCGCUGAUGUUGACUCAUUCUAUUGGAAUUUCGUAUGCCACGGUCCGAUUGGUUCGUGCCAACGUUCGGAUGAUCUUGUUGACGAAAAUUUAAGUCGAUUUGAAGUUGCUGAUCAAACCAACCUUGAAUUACAUUGUUGUGCAUCGGUGACUGGUUAUACAAAUGUAAAUAUUGAUAUGAAUCAAGUUGGUGAUACGCGAGAUACUAUUGAAGUUAAUAAAAAACAAGAACUUGAUGGUUCAUGGGUCGUUUGUGCAAAUCAACGAACGAUAUUAAGACGAAAUUCAUAUUCCAAUCAACAAACAUUGAGAUAUGCGAUUCUACCGGAUCCGUCAUCGGGAUACACGUUUUAUACAGAAGAUAAGCCGAAUCUCAAUGGACAAAUGGCAAUUCUAGGAUAUCGACGACAACCAAAAUUAUCUAGAGGCAAAAAACUGGCGAUUAUUUUCGGUUCAGUGUUUGGUGGUCUUGUCCUGCUGAGUUUAGUAAUCUUGCUGAUAGUUUGUAAACGUCGUAAUAAAACAAUAUCAUCAAGGACAAUGACGAUGUCAACGAUGCAAACUACAAAACCGUAUUUACCAGUGAAAACAUCUGAACCGCCAAGGUACUUAAAUGAUACUGAUUCGAGGGACGAAGAACCGAUCUAUGAAGAACCAACUCCAUUAUCUGUGCAAACACCUGUAUUUAUGCGAUGUUAA